UAGGCACGCAGCGACACCUGCUGAAAAUAUUGUUUUACUGUUUUUACUUCCUGGUAGAUUGUUUAAGGGCAUAUGUGCAGGAUUAAAUUACAUUAAUCCAUCCACGAUAACGUCGCAGUAAUCCUUAGUGCAGCAAACAACCAUGUCAUCAAGUGCGUCAAGCUUUUCACUGGAUUUGUACAAACAUGUUGUUUCACACAAUCCAAAUGACAACAUGUUCAUGUCUCCUAGCAGCGUUUUUGUUGCCUUGACGCUGGUUCAAACUGGAGCAAAGAAUGAAACCAGAAACCAAAUGAUUUCCACGCUUCGACUUGGAUCAGAUGAUUAAAGGAUGAUACUUGAAGAUGCUGAGCAAUUGGUAAAGGUGUUGAAUAAAGAGAACAAUCACGUCAUACUUAAAAGCGCUAACAGGCUUUAUUCGAACAGAGAUAAAAGCAUUCUCGAAGAUUAUAUUCAAGCUGCAGUAAAGUAUUUUGCCGCAGAUGUCAAAUCCGUGGACUUCACAUCCAAUCCUGAGGGAAGUAGACAGGAAAUAAACAAAUGGGUAGAAGAGGUCACAAACGAAAAGAUCAAAAACAUGCUGCCCAGUGGAACUAUUGAUACGCUAACAAGAAUGGUAGUUGCAAAUGCCAUCUAUUUCAAAGAAAACUGUUCAAGACCGUUUGAAACGAGAAGGACAAAAAAGGCUAAUUUCCAUACUUUGGGUGGACAAUCUGUGAAGGUGGCUAUGAUGCAGCGAACGAUGCACUAUCCACGAUUUGGAGAAAACAAAGAUUUUAAUUGUCGGGUUUUACAACUGCCUUACAUUGGGGAUGAAAUGGCUAUGGUAGUGCUACUGCCAAAAACCGUCGAUGGAUUGCUGGAAAUGGAGAAGAGCAUAGACCUUGUAACAUUGAAUCAAUGUAUCAAAAAUGAAACGUUUGCACCAAAUUUUGAAGUUUUCAUUCCAAAAUUUAAGAUUGAGAGUUCACUCCAGCUUUCAGGUACAUUAUCGGCUCUCGGGAUGCCUGACGUGUUCGAUGAAAGCAAAGCUGACCUCUCUGGAAUGGGGAAGGAGGAUUUGUUUGUUUCUGAAGUGUUCCACAAGGCGUUUGUUAAUGUCAACGAAGAAGGUACAGAGGCUGCAGCUGGCUCUGGAUUGCUAGUUCUUUGUAUGGAGUACUUUAAGGCUGAUCACCCGUUCAUGUUUAUGAUCUGGCGAUACCAGCUUAAUGCUCCACUGUUCGUUGGUCGUUUUACCGGACCAACAUCGGAAACUGCCUAGAUACGAGAGGAACUGUGUAUCAACGUAUUCAGAAAAGAGAAGUCAUAUUUUAAUGUCAUAUGGCUCUUAUCUAGCGUAUGCUUAAUCUUACCUUCUUUAUUUUGUUUGUCAAUUUGUAUUCAAAGUGCCGCGUUCAUUAUAUUACCUUGUGACUUAUGCUGUUAUUUUUCGAGUUGCAUUGUGACUGUUGUGUCCCAUAAUGUGCACCACUUUCAUACCGAGGUUUCAAUAUAUUGACUUACCACAGUGAACGUGUAAAUGAUAUUACACUAUAUAUAUGGUAUAGGCAUAGCGAUGGGCAAAAAUGACAGUAGAAGUAGUAUGAUUGGCCACUUUCCAUCGCAUUGAAAUUCGCAAAAUAAUCAUUGUACGUUUUUGUUUUUUAAUUAUAUCAAACAUUAUACUAUUUUCUUUUAUUUUAAUUUGUCAUUAUAUAUGUUAUAUGUCUAUGAUAUUAUAUAUACACUUUUUAUAAUACUUUUUUAAAUUUCUAACUGUCUAUGAUGUUUCAUAUUUGCA